GCCAGACGUCUCCCACCGUCGGCAGGAGCACCCGGGGGUCUGAAGGCAUGUGGUCCGCCGCAGAUGAAGCGCUGCGCGCCGCGGAGACGCCGCUCCUGUGGCUCGGCGCUGUGACGGCGGCCUGGCUGUCCGUGUGCUCGGUGUGCCGCCUCCUGUCCGGCAUCAGGGUGUGGGGCCUGGGCAACGGACGCCUCGUGUCACCCACCAAACUGGGACAAUGGGCAGUUGUGACGGGGGCCACGGACGGGAUUGGGAAAGCCUACGCUGAGGAGCUCGCCCGCCGAGGCUUCUCCAUCGUACUGAUCAGCCGCUCUCAGGAGAAGCUGGAUGACGUUUCCAAGGCCAUCUCGAGCAAAUGCGGAGUGGAGACCAGAACGAUCGCGGCCGACUUCAGCGCUUCAGACAUCUACUCCAGGAUCGAGGCUGGGCUCGUGGGAUUGGAGAUCGGCGUCCUGGUGAACAAUGUUGGAAUAUCCUAUUCUUACCCCGAGUUCUUCCUCAACGUCCCGAGCCUUGACACGUUCAUCGACACCAUGGUCAACAUCAACGUAACGUCCGUGUGCCAGAUGACGCGUCUGGUUUUACCUCGAAUGGUGGAGAGGAAGAAGGGGGCCAUCCUGAACAUCUCGUCUGCCAGCGGGAUGUACCCCGUUCCUCUGCUCACCGUCUACUCCGCCUCCAAGGCAUUCGUGGACUUCUUUUCGCGAGGCCUGCAAGCGGAGUACAAAAGCAAAGGCAUCAUCAUCAGGUGAAUUUUCGACUCGUAUGAACUUCCCUC